AGCACCACCAAGCGGAUGUUUCAACAACUUUGUGUUGCUCUCGAACAAAACAAACAAAAAGCAAGGUUUUUAAACUGUGACAUAAGCUGUUAUCUUUUCUGCUCGAAAGUUUUGACAUUCUGGUGGGGCUUUAUUCGUUCGCAGGAACUCGGGGUGCAAAAGAUGUGGUGCUUAGAAUACUGUUUUCUGGCUGCUUUAUGCAUCAUUACAUCUAUUCAACAUGGAAGUUCUCAGCAGAAAAUUUACCAUGAAGAUUUGAUCGAGAAAAGUCCAUAUGCAACAGUCAAGUCUCCUACCAUGAGCCCAAAGAAUAAACCACUUGUGGCGAUUCAGGGUCAAGAAAAUCGCUACACACCAGACUGGGAUAGCCUUGAUUCAAGGCCUCUUCCUUCUUGGUAUGAUGAUGCAAAAUUUGGUAUUUUCAUUCAUUGGGGUGUUUUUUCGGUUCCAUCAUUUGGAAGUGAAUGGUUCUGGAUUAAUUGGAAAGGUUCUAAAAAUCCAAAGUAUGUUGAUUUCAUGAAAAGGAACUACCCUCCAGGGUUUACUUAUCCAGAUUUUGGCCCAAUGUUCACCGCCGAGUUUUUUGAGCCACAGCAAUGGGCUGAGAUUCUUAAGAGCUCUGGUGCAAAAUAUGUGGUGCUAACAAGCAAGCACCAUGAAGGGUAUACACUUUGGCCUUCAAAAUAUUCAUUUAAUUGGAACGCAAUGGAUGUGGGACCAAAACGAGAUUUAGUUGGUGAUUUGGCGAAUGCGAUCCGAAAGCACACCGACCUCAAGUUUGGUCUUUAUCACAGUCUCUACGAGUGGUUCCACCCGCUUUACUUACAAGACAAAGAAAAUGAUUGGGGAACACAAGAUUUUGUUAAAUCAAAAACAAUGCCGGAGCUUUAUGAAAUCGUAAACAAAUAUAAACCCAGCGUCAUCUGGUCCGAUGGGGAUUGGGAAACGAAUGAUAAAUACUGGAAUUCAACUGAUUUCAUUGCUUGGUUGUACAACGAUAGUCCAGUGAAACAGGAAAUUGUGGUAAAUGAUCGAUGGGGUAGGGGUGCGACUUGCAAACACGGAGACUUUUACACUUGCACCGACCAUUUUAAUCCAGGUACUCUUCAACUACACAAGUGGGAAAAUUGUUUGACUAUCGAUCGACAAUCUUGGGGCUUCCGACGUAAUGCUGUGCUAUCAGACUAUAAUUCGACUCCCGAUUUAUUGAAAGAAAUGGCGACGACAGUAAGUUGCGGGGGCAAUAUGCUCCUCAAUGUAGGCCCUACACAUUAUGGACAAAUUCCUCCAAUUUAUGAGGAGAGACUUCGUCAAAUAGGGCAAUGGCUCAAUAUUAAUGGCGAAGCAAUCUACGGCUCUCGACCCUGGAUUUAUCAGAACGACACCCGUACUCCAGACAUUUGGUACACAAAAGGAAAAGGAUCUAAAGAGCUGCUGCUUUCAGAUCCCGUAUACGCAAUAGUCCUUCAAUGGCCUGAAACUGGCGUAAUUGAAUUGACGGUUCCAACUGCCUCUGCUUCAACCCAAGUCAGUUUUCUUGGCUAUCCCGGUGAAAUCAAGUGGGGGGUUACUUCUCCUGGAAUACAAGUGAGAUUUCCAUCCAAAUCAAAAGUAUCCAAUGAUUGGGCAUGGGUCCUUCGGCUGGACAAUUUAGUCUAUUGAAAUAAAAAUUUGCCUGAUGUACUUUUUGUUAUCAACAACAACAACAAAAUCUAAUAUGCCCAUUAUACAAUGUUUUCAAAAGCUUAAUUAUUAAGUGAUAAUGAACACCAA